UCUGAGUUCAUUUUCCCGCCAAUUUCGCAGCUUUAAGAGGAGAAACCCUAGUCCCACUUUCUUUCACUUCAUUUCCGGUUUUCUCGCUCUAUUCGUCUCCAUUUACUGCAAAAUUUUUUCAAAAACAGGGUUUUUGCUAUAAAUAGGAGAUGGAUACAGAGCUGUCAAUGAAGAAUGAGACAUCAAAGGAUUCCCCAAUAUCUGUAUUGGAAGACGAGGGUUUAUGCACAGGAGAAGUGAAUCUUGCAUGUGAGGGAGAUGCUAUUACAUCACUAUAUGCAAAAUUUGGGGAUACAACUCUAAUUUCGGAGGCUAUGGUCAAAGAAGAGGCGGACUUACACAAGGCGAGAGAGAGCGAGGAAAACGAAGAAAAGAAUAAGUCAAGGGAGCCUGGGGAAUCAAGCCUAUCAAGUUCCAAAUUCAGUAAAUUGGAUGAGCUUCUUACACAAACCCAGCUCUACACUAACUUUCUGUUUGAAAAGAUGGAUGACAUCACCUUUAAUGGAGCCGUGACCACAACUGUAGAAACUGCUUCCUCAGGGAAGGGUGGAAGAGGAAAAAAGAGGAAGAAAGCUACUACAUGCAAUACUAAUAAAGCAAGGAAGGCUGUUAAUUGCAUGCUUGCAAGAUCGCAAGAUGAAAAUGGUGAUGAAUCUCAGUUGACCAAUGAGGCAAAAGCAGAGAAAGAGGCGCAAGCAGCAAGAGAGCAGGCAGAGAUCGCGCCUUUGUUGACUGGUGGAAAGUUGAAGACUUACCAAGUGACAGGUGUAAAGUGGAUGAUUUCAUUGUGGCAAAAUGGACUCAAUGGGAUAUUGGCCGAUCAAAUGGGCCUGGGAAAGACCAUUCAGACGAUCGGCCUUCUUACUCAUUUGAAAGGGAAGGGUUUGGAUGGUCCUUACAUGAUAAUAGCUCCCCUUUCUACUCUGUCAAACUGGGUGAAUGAGUUCUCUAGGUUUGCUCCCUCAAUUAAGGCUAUGGUGUACCACGGGGAUAAGGACGAGAGGUUGCAGUUCAGAAAGAAUCACAUGCCAAGAAGCAUAGGUCCUGAUUUCCCCAUCAUUGUUACUUCUUAUGAGAUUGCAAUGAACGACUCCAAAUUUCUGUCUCACUUCACCUGGAAGUACGUUGUUGUUGAUGAGGGUCACCGCUUGAAGAAUAUGAACUGCAAAUUGCUCAGAGAGUUAAAACGAAUACCAAUUGAAAAUAAGCUUCUUCUCACUGGAACUCCUUUACAGAACAAUUUGGCAGAGCUUUGGUCUUUAUUACACUUCAUUCUUCCAGAUAUUUUUUCAUCCUGUGAAGAAUUUCAAUCCUGGUUUGAUUGGUCUGGGAAGUCCAAUGAUGAGACUCAGCAUGAAGAAUCGGAUGACAAAUGGAGGGUUCAUGUGAUAUCAAAGUUGCACAUGAUCUUGCGACCAUUUCUGCUUAGAAGGGUAAAGGAAAAUGUUGAGCAGAAUCUUCCCAAGAAGAAGGAAAUAAUUCUUUAUGCUAAUAUGACUGAACACCAAAAGAAUAUCCAGAAUCAUUUAAUCAACAAAACUCUUGAGGGCUAUCUAAUAGAGAAGGCAUUCCAUGCAAAGGGCUUUAGAGCAAAGCUGAGCAAUUUAAUGAUCCAGCUUCGCAAGAACUGCAACCAUCCUGACCUUCUGGAAUCUGCAUUUGAUAACGAUGUAUUUUAUCCUCCGGUGGAGAAAUUGUUGGAACAGUGUGGCAAGUUCCGGCUACUAGAUAGGAUAUUGUCACAUCUACUUGCUCGAAGACACAAGGUGCUUAUCUUUUCUCAGUGGACUAAGGUUCUAGACAUUAUCGAAUACUUCCUCAGUGAGAAAGGGCUUAACACUUGCCGCAUUGAUGGAAGUAUUAAAUUAGCUGAAAGGCAACAGCAGAUAAAAGAAUUCAAUGAUUUGGAUAGUCAAUGGAGUAUAUUUCUACUAAGCACUCGUGCUGGUGGGCUUGGCAUCAACCUCACCGCAGCUGAUACCUGCGUCAUCUAUGACAGUGAUUGGAAUCCUCAAAUAGAUUUGCAAGCCAUGGAUCGGUGUCAUAGGAUUGGGCAAACUAAGCCUGUUCAUGUGUACAGGUUAGCAACCUCGCACUCGGUCGAGGGCCGCAUGUUGAAGAGAGCUUCUGCCAAGUUGAAGCUGGAGAACUUGGUUAUUGAGAAGGGGCAGUUUCAGCAAGAAAGAACAAAGCCUGCUGUAUUACCGGAUGAAGAUCUAUUGGCCUUGCUGAAAGAAGAGGAGGAUGAGGAAGAUAAACUUGUGCAGACAGAUAUAAGUGAGGAGGACUUACUGAGGGUCUUAGAUAGAAGUGAUAUGGUGGACACUCCAGAGAACAAUGAUGCAAAAUCCACUAUUCCUCUUCGUGGACCUGGCUGGGAAGUGGUAGCUAAACAAGUUGGAAGCAUGCUGUCAUCUUUUGGUGAUAACACCAAGCAAGCAUCGAGUUAAACUGCUUUUUGGCCUGUCAUAUUGGUGCUUAAGUUUUUCUUUAUUGGUUUAUGUAAUAGCAUCCAAAUUUUGUACAAGACUUUGCAGAUGGCUUGGGUGCCUCUUUGUAUGCUCUCUCCCUCUCCAUCUCUCGCUCUCUCCCUCUCCAUGUCUCUCAAUCUCUUGAGGACGCAAGAAUCUAUGGUGCGGGUUGUGCUAUAACAGUGCUACGAGGCACAAGUUUUGUAUAGUUGUCUGGUGGAGAUCAAACAAACAGUACUAACUAUAUUCACCGCUCCUAAAUGCAUGGACUUUCUCUUACUACCAA